AUGUGGGUGGCGGAGCGGGUGCUGGGGGAGCGCCGGAUGCGGGAGAUCCAGCGCUUCACCCGGAACGCCAAGCUCACCGUCGUCUGCCUCAUGCUCACCAUCCUCGUGCUCCGCGGCACCGUCGGGGCGGGCAAGUUCGGCACGCCGCAGCAGGACCUCACCGAGCUGCGCCACCGCUUCAUCUCCCACCCGCAGCGCGCGCUCUCCGAGCACCACGACGCCCGCUCCAAGGCCUCCGACGCCCAGGCCCAAGCCACCCAGGCCGCGGGGAAGGCCGCCGCCCGCGACGACGAGCCGGAGCCGCAGCCCAGGUCGCUCCGGGACCCGCCCUACACGCUCGGCCCCAAGAUCUCCGACUGGGACGAGCAGCGGGCCGCCUGGAACCGCCGCCAUCCGGAGACCCCGCCCUUCCUCAACGACGUCAAGCCGCGGGUCAUGCUCGUCACGGGGUCCUCCCCCAAGCCCUGCGAGAACCCCGUCGGCGACCACUACCUCCUCAAGUCCAUCAAGAACAAGAUCGACUACUGCCGCAUCCACGGCCUCGAGAUCUUCUACAACAUGGCGCUGCUCGACGCCGAGCUCGCCGGCUUCUGGGCCAAGCUCCCGCUCCUCCGCGCGCUCCUCCUCGCGCACCCGGAGGUCGAGUUCUUCUGGUGGAUGGACUCCGACGCCAUGUUCACGGACAUGGCCUUCGAGCUGCCGUGGGAGCGCUACGGCCCCUACAACUUCAUCCUGCACGGCUGGGACGAGAUGGUCUACGACGACAAGAACUGGAUUGGCCUCAACACCGGCAGCUUCUUGCUGCGCAACUGCCAAUGGUCUCUCGAUUACCUCGACACCUGGGCGCCCAUGGGGCCCAAGGGCCCUGUUCGUAUUGAGGCUGGUAAGGUGCUCACCAAGUACCUCAAGGACCGGCCGGUCUUUGAAGCCGACGAUCAGUCGGCCAUGGUGUAUAUCCUCGCUACCCAGCGUGAGAAGUGGGGUAACAAGGUGUAUCUCGAGAAUGGCUACUACCUCCAUGGCUAUUGGGGGAUCUUGGUGGACAGGUACGAGGAGAUGCUUGAGAAUUACCAGCCAGGGCUCGGCGAUCAUCGGUGGCCACUGGUCACUCACUUUGUCGGGUGCAAGCCAUGCUCCAAGUUUGGGGAUUACCCUGUCGAGCGAUGCCUCAAGCAGAUGGACCGGGCCUUCAAUUUCGGGGAUAACCAGGUCUUGCACAUGUAUGGGUUUGAGCACAAGUCUCUUGCGAGCAGGAGGAUCAAGAGGGUCAGGAAUGAGACCAGUGACCCUCUUGAUAUGAAGGAUGAUUACGGGUUGCUCCACCCAGCGUUCAAGGCCCUCAAGACUACUACUCCCUCCGUUCCUAAAUAUAAGUCUUUGUAA